AUGGCCAGCUUCGCCGUCCACCCCAUCUCCCGCUUCCACGGCCAAAGCCAGCCGAUGCGCCGGCCCAAGGAAUUCACCUGCUUCUCGUACGACGAUGACCACAAGCUGCACCUGGACGACCGGUCUCUGCGCUGGUACUACCCACCGCAGUUUCCGCAGGCAGACCUGUCGCGCGGUUUCGAGACCUUUGACAAGCUCGACGACGAUGGCGUUGACGAGCAUCUCGACAGCCUGUUGGCGUCGGUGGUGGCACAUGAGCAGAAGACACAGACGAAGAUCGACGCGCACGUAUUGACGUGGCGCGGCAUGAUGACCAAGAUUUUGGCCGCUCCAUAUGACGACCGGGACGGUUUCGAGAUGAAUGCCACCCUCUACCAGUUUGUCAGCUUCAUUGAAGAAAAUCAUGCGUACAAGGUGAAAUCGCGUCGCGAGCAGGAGUCCCGCCAGAACCGGCCACCACCAAGGCAACACCCUGAUCGGCCGUGGUUCCCGCCGGACGUCAUGUCCUACUGGGGCUACAAAUUCGAGGCGCUGGCUACGUUGCCGCGGCCCUGGGGCGAGGUCUCCCGCGACGAGAUCGAGGCCCGCGACGACCAGAUUGUCAGCAACAAGGCCCAGUACUGCUCCGUCGUCCGCACGGGCAUUGGCAGCACCAUUCUGUGCCUGGGCGGCGAGGUCGACGCGGUCUGGGACGCCAAGCCGCACACGCAGGGGCAGCCCAUCCGCUGGGUCGAGCUCAAGACCAGCCAGGACAUCCAGAGCGACCGGGACCUCGAGGCGUUUGAGCGCAAGCUGCUCAAGUUUUGGAUCCAGUCGUUCUUGCUGGGCGUGCCCACGAUUGUUGUCGGGUUCCGGAGCCGACAGGGCCGGCUGGUGCGGCUCGAAGAGAUUUCGACCGAGGGCAUCCCGGGGACCGUCGUCCAGCGGGCACGCCAGCAACAGAGACCAGCGCCACCGUGGGACGGCGACACGUGCAUCAAUUUCGCGUCGGCGUUUCUGGAGUGGCUACGCCAGUCCGUGUUCGGGGUGGGCAAGGACGAGAGCGAGCCGAACAGCGGCAGCGACGGCGUGUGGCGAAUCCGGCGGCGACCGGGUUCACCCGAGAUCGAGGUGUUCCAGGUGGAAGAAACGGGCCAUGGGAACAUUUUACCAGACUCGUUUCUCAACUGGCGUAUCAAGCUAGCACUCGGUGCAGACACGACGAGCGGUGCCACGGAAGACCGGUCAGCGCCAGAUCCUGGGCCAAGCGGCGAGGAUCGAGGCAGUUGA